AUGUCUAGCGACGCCUUUGGUCGGGUCAUGUUCUCGUACAAGGAGAUUACCGAACUCGCUGGUUAUACCUCACGCGUAUCGACCCUCCUCGACGUAAUCGACGAUAUCCAAGCCGGUCAUUUCGAAAAGAAGCUCGUUUCUUCAGCCGACACCGAGGAAAACGCAUCCGUUCUACGCGGUCGUGGUACUGUUACCGAAGGCACUGAUAUCGAGUUCAUCGACGUACCUAUAGUAUCUCCGAAUGGUGAUGUGCUCGUCCGGGCACUUUCCUUCAGCGUAAAGCCCGGAGAUCAUCUACUAAUCGUAGGACCAAACGGAUGUGGAAAGAGUAGCCUAUUCCGUAUCCUAGGUGGUCUCUGGCCAGUAUAUGGCGGCAAGGUACGAAAACCACCAUUCGAAGACAUAUUCUAUAUACCGCAACGACCAUACCUCUCGCGUGGUACGCUGCGCCAACAGAUCAUAUAUCCGGACUCGCUACAUGAUAUGCACUCCAAAUCUAUCACCGAUAAUGAUAUCCUUUCCAUCCUCGAGACUUUGAACCUUGAAUCCCUUAUCGACCGCCCGGGUGGCUUCGACGCUGAGGCACAAUGGGAAGACGUGCUUUCAGGUGGUCUUCAACAACGCGUCGCUAUGGCGCGGCUCUUCUACCACAAGCCUCGGUACGCCAUCUUGGACGAAUGCACAAGCUCCGUUACACUGGAAGUAGAAAGGGUGAUGUAUGAAGAAGCGAAGAGACUGGGUAUAACUCUCAUGACGGUCAGUCACCGGAGAAGUCUCUGGAGGUAUCAUACCAGAAUAUUGCAAUUCGAUGGACAAGGCGGCUUUUAUUUUGGAGGCCUAGAUGCGGAGAGAAGGGCGGUACUUGAAGAUGAGAAGGAAGAUAUUGACCUGCAGCUCAGAGCUAUUCCUGAUAUUGAACAAAGAAUCAAGGAGUUAGAAGCUUCGCGGUGA